UUGCAUUGUUUCAUCUUCUUCCUUAUCUUUUUUUUUCUCUCUCUCUUCAAUAUCGUGAUAUAAUACACAUACUGCACCGAUAAUACAAGCUAUAAUGGGUACUCAAGGGCCGGGUGAUUACAAUUACAACCAAGCCAGCAUUGAUGAUGAAAAAUUAGCCCGGCAGAAGGCUAUUGAUGACUGGCUUCCUAUUACUUCUUCAAGAAAUGCAAAAUGGUGGUAUUCAGCUUUCCACAAUGUCACUGCCAUGGUUGGAGCUGGUGUUCUCAGUCUCCCUUAUGCCAUGUCAGAGCUUGGAUGGGGUCCUGGGGUUGCAGUAUUAUUUUUGUCAUGGAUCAUCACUCUGUAUACUCUAUGGCAAAUGGUUGAGAUGCACGAGAUGGUUCCUGGAAAACGAUUCGACAGAUACCAUGAACUGGGACAGUAUGCCUUUGGGGAGAAGCUUGGCCUUUAUAUUGUGGUGCCACAACAACUUGUUGUUGAAAUUAGUGUUGGCAUUAUUUACAUGGUUACCGGAGGCCAAUCCCUGAAGAAGUUCCAUGAUACCGUGUGCAGCUCCUGCAAAGACAUCAAACUCACUUACUUCAUCAUGAUAUUUGCCUCUGUUCACUUUGUUCUCUGCCAUCUUCCCAACUUCAACUCCAUUUCUGGCGUCUCAUUGGCCGCUGCUGUCAUGUCCUUGAGUUACUCUACUAUUGCUUGGGGUGCUUCAGUCCAUAAGGGUGUGCAACCAGAUGUUGACUAUGGGUUCAAAGCUAAGUCAACAAGUGGACAAGUGUUUAACUUCUUUAGUGCCUUGGGGGAUGUGGCUUUUGCUUAUGCAGGCCACAAUGUGGUGCUUGAGAUUCAAGCAACAAUUCCUUCUACACCUGAGAAACCAUCAAAGGGUCCUAUGUGGAAAGGAGUUGUCGUCGCUUACAUAGUUAUUGCCUUGUGCUACUUCCCUGUUGCUCUAAUUGGUUAUUGGAUGUUUGGCAAUUCUGUUGAAGAUAACAUCCUAAUUUCCUUGGAAAAACCUGCCUGGCUUAUAGCAAUGGCUAACAUGUUCGUUGUUGUUCAUGUUAUUGGAAGCUACCAGAUCUAUGCAAUGCCAGUGUUUGACAUGUUAGAAACAUUUUUGGUGAAGCAAUUGAAUUUCAAACCCAGCACCCCUCUUCGUUUUAUUGUCCGCAAUAUAUACGUUGCAUUCACAAUGUUCGUCGGCAUCACGUUCCCUUUCUUUGGAGGUCUACUUGGAUUUUUUGGAGGAUUUGCUUUUGCCCCAACAACAUACUAUUUGCCCUGCAUCAUGUGGCUUGCCAUCUACAAACCAAAGAGAUACAGCUUAUCUUGGUGGACUAACUGGAUUUGCAUUGUAUUGGGUUUAUGUUUGAUGAUCGUGUCACCUAUUGGAGGAUUGAGGUCAAUCAUAGUUUCGGCAAAGAAUUACCAGUUCUACUCUUGAGUCAGUCACAUCCUCAAAAGUGGUGAUUGUUGGAAUGCAUAUUUACAGAAGACUAAUUGUUGAAUCAAGGUUCUACUAGUACAUAUUAUUCGGGCCUAGUAGAUUGUCUUCAGAUUUUUGGCUUGCUGUAGGUGUAAUGCCAGCAAAAACUAAUACCGUUGCCACAGGUCUAAGCUAAAGCGAAGUAGUUCGGCUUACCGCUGUUUCUACUUUUAUUUUAUUUUUGAAAGACUACGAGGAAAUAUUAGGCUAGUAGUUUCAUAUACAUAUAUUUAUACCUAUUUGUUUAUGUUUGUUCUGGUCAAAGACGGUGAAUUACUUCUAUUCCUACGUAUGAAUACAUGUCAGUGUGCCGAUUAUAUAUUCUUGUCCUUAAAUAUGUGAUCAACUGUAGUUCUUCCUUGCU